AGGUUCAGGGACACAAUGUGUGGGGUUAUAGGUCAUCGGGAGACGGAGCAUGCCCUCACGCUAGGUAUAAUGUACAGCACAGAGGAGGCACUCAACAUCAAAUUGGUUGACAAGGUCGUACCACAGGACAAGGUCAUUCCUGCUGCACAGGAGAAGAUGAAGCAGUAUCUAAAAAUUCCAGAGGUUGCCCGCCAGCUCAGCAAAGAUUUGAUGCGGAGAGAGACUGUAGAGAAGCUAAGACUUCGACGUGAAGAUGAUGUCGCUGCAUUUAAGAACUUUGCUGUUAGAGAGUCGGUACAAAAAUCUUUGGGAAUGUACUUAGAAAUGCUUAAAAAGAAAAGCCAGCAGAAAAAGUGAACAGUGAUGAGGGAUAGAUUAUGACUCGCCACAAUGAGAGAGGAAGUUACGUUUUAUUGCAUUUUUCACAAAUGUUUAUGCCAAUAUAGUUCAUUUUGUUUGGGACAAAAGGUUGGUCUGAUGUAUGUUCACACUUAAGAUUGUAUAUCCAGACGAAACAUGUUUUGAUUGGUUGAAGAUAUUAUGACAAAGUUUCAUAUAUUAUACAUGAAAUACCAUGUAACCAGUGGUUGUUAUGAUUCUAAUUCACUAC